UUGACCACCGCUUGAAGCCUUCAAGUUCAACCAAACAAAGAUUGAGCGAGCGAUACGGUUAAUCCAAUUAUCUCAUUUCAUACAAACGAUCGUAACCCUAGCGAUUUCAAUUCAAUUCUCAUCCAAUUAACCCUAGCGAAAUCGAAGAUGCCGAAGAAGAUGGGUGUGAACAGCAAGGCGGAGGUCGCCAAAUCCCGGAAGAACGCCGCCGAGGCUGAGCAGAAGGAUCGCCAGACACGGGAGAAGGAGGAACAAUACUGGCGCGAGGCGGAAGGUCCUAAAUCCAAGGCGGCGAAGAAGCGGGAAGAAGAGGCGGAGAAGAAGGCUGAGACCGCGGCAAAGAAAGCUGAGGCGAGGCGUCUCGCUGAGCAAGAGGAGCAAGAGCUGGAGAAGGCUCUUAAAAAGCCCGAUAAGAAGGCGAAUCGCGUCACUGUACCGGUCCCUAAGGUCACAGAGGCUGAGCUCAUCCGAAGGCGUGAGGAGGAUCAGGUGGCGCAGGCCAAGAAAGCAGAAGACUCUAAGAAGAAACAGACUCGCAUGGCUGGGGAAGAUGAGUAUGAGAAGAUGGUACUUGUGACCAAUACCAAUCGCGAUGAUUCUCUCAUCGAGGCUCAUACUGUUGACGAGGCUCUCGCACGGAUUACGGUUUCAGAUAACCUCCCCGUUGAUCGACAUCCGGAGAAAAGGCUUAAGGCUUCCUUUAAGGCCUAUGAAGAAGCUGAACUUCCAAGGCUGAAGGCGGAGAGACCAGGUCUUACUCACACUCAGUACAAGGACGUGAUUUGGAAGAUGUGGAAGAAAUCACCAGAUAAUCCUCUUAACCAGGCUGCUGCUGCUGCUGCUGCUUCUGAGUGAAAUGCAACUUGGGUGUCAGGAACAAGGGAAUGAAUGUAUCAUGAAGAGGGGAGAUGCAUGGCAGAGAGUAUGAUGAAGAUCUUUCGUUUCCCAGAGAAAAUGUUGAGUGAGAGAGAUUAUGUGUAACAUACUUUGGGCAUGAUUCUGCUCGCCAACGUUGCUUUAUUGUUUCUUGUGCUGUGUGUAUAAACACAUGAUCAUAUAGUAGACAAGAUCGAUUAAAUAAGGAUAAGCCGUGAGCUAUUAUAAUAACAACCACAUCAUAUGUGUA